AUGACCGGAUAAAAACGGCAAUGUACAAUAAUGAAAAAUUAGAUGUCUUUUCAUGAAAAUUAAAAAAUUGAACACGUAAAUUAAAGACGAUAUGCAUAUACAUGUAUGAAGACAUAAGACAUAACAUAUCGAGGACUAACAUUAAUUGCUUUAUUAACAAAAUAAGAAACCCUAUUUUGUAUUUCUGAUCACCUCGUUUCUGCUGCAACACGAGAGUAGAGACCUAAUUAGCGAUAAAACGAAGUGGUGUCACGAUGCCGAUCUCUUACACACUGAUCUUCUAUGCAAUGGGGAGAUUAAUGAGUUACUUCCUCUUUUGUAAUAAGUUUGGCGGUACUUUGAUUUAAAAUAUUUCCCUCCCAAGAAGUUACAACGUAUAAAUAUUACCAUGAAAAUACCUUAUUUUCUAAUUCAUCUGACCGUUUAUCUGACGACCGAGUUUUCUGAAGGACAAAAAUAUAAUUGUGAAAAGCCAAAACUGAAAAAUGGUACCGUUAGAAUUAGAAGCAGAGGCCAGGUCGUGAGAUUCCGUUGCAAUAGACCUUUAUGGCUUGCUGGAACGAAACUAGCACUAUGUAUUAAAGAUGUUUGGAAUUUACCAGUUCCUUUAUGUGUAGCGCCUGGAAUAAAAUGUCCAAAACAAAAAUUUAGCAAAGAUCUUCUGGUUAAUGAAAGUUUGAACCAUGGAUUUUUGGUAUUUUCUUGCAAACCAGGCUUAAUUCUAGAGGGAAAUGAUAAGAUUUACUGUGACGGGUCACAAUGGAGUGACGAAACGCCCAAAUGUGUUUAUCAUGUUUCCACUGAAGCAACAACAGAUCCAUUAGCAACAGCAGCUGUAAGCACGGAAACCGGACACAGUAGCAACCAAUCAGCGCCAACGACUGAGACAUAUUCCACAGAUAACAACAGGCAAGAGACAAAACCUACAGAACAACCGAGUACAAAGGCCAAACCUACAGAACAAUCGACCACAUCGGCCACCGUAAAAUCGAGUGAAAGAUCAAAAACCACAGAAAACAUUACUACAUUAACCACUGCAGAACCGAGUAGAGAAGCAAAAACUGAACCAAAGGGAACCACGACUUUUCCACCAAGCUCUACACAGAAACCACAAAAACCGACUUCAGCAUCGUCUCCCACCACAACCGAGGUAAAGACUACCACAGCAGCCCCUGCUAAAACAUCCUCAAUAUCCAGCAUACAAUCAACCACUGUUACGAGAUCGAUGGAUUCUGCAACUUCAAAGCUAACUGAUCAACAGAAAAGAAGAAAAUGUGAAAAUGAUAUAUCAGAUCUACAGAAACAAGUUCUACAAGCUGACCUGUGCAGAAUCAAGGAAGAGACUGAACUUAGUAAGCUACAGAAAGAGAAAGUGUCACUGGAAAUUAAAAAACUGAAAUAUGAAGUUUCACUUUACGGUGUCCAAUCAUAAAUGAGAUGUGGUUUUAUGAAAGACAUUAAAAGGAGUUGUCAACGAUGAACUGGCGAAUGUUAUUCCUAGGCUGUACGGCUAUUCCUCCCAAGUCGUCUUCAUCAUUAGCAAUGUCUUUAUCAUCUUCAGCCUUUGUGUCUUUUCUGUCCAAAUCUAUAUUAUGCAACUCAGCACAAUCAAGAAUGACUUUGGAUACUCUCUCAGAUCUACACUGAAUAUAAUAAGAACAUUAUGUCAAUAUUUAUUAACAGUUAAAGUGUUUGAAUGAAUUAUAUAAUUGAUAAUAAAAUAUCAAUAAUUCA